UACAAACUCAUCAAACUCAAAACCGUAACUGAUAAUUCUUAAGAGCAAAGAAAGCACAUUCACAAUCACAGAGAUCAUGGCAGUUGGGAUUAUGGAGGUUUUGCUGGUGAAUGCAAAGGAUCUUGGGGACUCAGAUUUCUUUGGUGAUAUGGACCCUUAUGUUCUGAUUCAGUACAAAGGCCAAGAGCUCAAGAGCAGCGUAGCCCGGGGGCGAGGUGGGAAUCCUGUGUGGAACGAGAAAUUCAGCUUCAGGGCGGAGUAUCCUGGUUCUGGUGACAAUUACAAGAUUAUUCUCAAAAUCCUGGACAAGGACACCUUCUCUUCUGACGAUUUCAUUGGACAAGCCACGAUCUAUGUGGAGGAUUUAUUGGUGCUUGGAGCUGAGAAUGGAACUGCUGAAAUGCAUCCCGUCAAAUACAGGGUCAUUCGCCAAGACAAUACUUAUCGUGGAGAGAUACAAGUUGGAGUGACUUUUACCCGGAAGGUGGAAGAGGAAAAUGGACACGAGUUUGGAGGAUGGAAGGAGAGCAAUUUCUAGUUUAUGCUACUUUUUUUUUUUGUCAUUAAUAUUAAUCAUUUCAACUAUUUAUGUUACUACCUGGUUAACUAAAAUUGUAUUCCAAAACCCAGAAAGGAAAAGUACCAUGAAUUGUUUUUUUUAAAGGAAAUUUCCUAGCUGUGGUUACUAGUUGUAAUGGAAAAUUCUUUCUUUCUGC